CAGAGUGAGUGAGUCAGUCGGCCACGCGUCCCGCGAGAUGAAAGUAGCAGUAUCGUAGUGGCUGCCGUAUGGUCGCACUUUUAAGCGUGCUCUUCAGUGGAGUCACAGGCUUGCAGGCCUCUUAUAAAGGACUCGCCAUUUAAAGAAGAAAAAUUAUGGGCGACUCCAUGGUUAUGCCCGUUUACGAAGUAAUCUCGGGCCUUCGGUUGGCGAAUUUCUACCCACCCUAUGCUGUGAAAUCGGGACUGGAGUACCAGCCUAAAGAAAGUGACGUGUUCUUGGUGACCUACCCUCAGUGCGGAACCCUGUGGAUGCAGCAAGUACUCUACCUCCUCUACCACAACGGUUCUUCGCCGAAAGACGCCAUCGCCUUGUUUCAAAGCAACCCCCUCCUCGAGCUCGAAGGAUCGGAAACCAUCGAGGCCAUGCUCCACCCGGGAACCAUCACUUCCCAUCUCUCCUACGACUACAUACCCAAGUCUUCAGAGGCCAAGUACGUCGUGCUUGUCAGGGACCCGAGGGACGUGUGCGCCACCAUGUUCCGACGCUUGCAGUCCUUCCCGGCCUACGCCUUCUCCAACGGCAUUCUCUCGGACUUCGUCGACCAGUUCUGCAAGGACGAUGUCGACUACCAGGGCUACUUUAGUCACGUGCGUUCCUGGUACGACCACAAGAACGACUCCAAUGUGUUUUGGGUCACCUACGAAGAGAUGGCUAAGAAUUUUACGGAGGUAGUAACACGACUAGCUAAGUUCCUCGGUGAGGACAAGAGAAUCAUCAAGAAUAAGGGUCUUGUGAAAAAGGUUCAAGAGAAGAGCACCGUUUCCUACAUGAAGUCGAAGACGAAUAAGUACAUGGAAGAGUUUUUCUACAUUCCGUUCGAGAAGCUGGCAGGAGACAUGAGGCUCUCGGAAGGUGUCAAGUCGUUCCACGCCUCCGUGCAGUGCUCUGGUUUUCUGGAGGCGAUGAACAGCGUUAGGUGCGUGACGCAAGGUAAGGCUGGCGUCUGGAAGAGUAUUCUAAGUCAGGAGGAUGCCAAAAAGAUUACAGACCGGACCGAACUGCUAGGCCCGGAAGUGGUGAAUGCAAUCUGUAAUAGUUAAAAAUGACGUUCACGAACAAACAUGUCCAAGAAAACCAUAGCAAAACUAGUUAUUCAACUGGGUCACUGUACGCGGAGAAACAAAUCUGCAUGCUACUGAUUUGGUGGAAUUCAUUACAACGACCCUU